CUGUACCACGCACGCCUCGCCAUCCGGUCCGACCCGACCCGACCCGACCAAAUCCAUUUGCCCCCUCUCGCUCUCUCGUCUCGUCUCUCGGAGAUAUUGCGCCGCCGUUCAAGAUAGGGAGUUGCUAGAGGCAAGUUAUUUCGAAGAUGGCGCUUGUUUCAGGAGGAAGGUCGUCCACAUUGAACCCAGAUGCCCCUCUAUUCAUACCCGCCGCUGUUCGCCAAGUCGAGGAUUUCUCCCCAGAAUGGUGGCAGCUGGUUACGACCUCUACAUGGUAUCGUGAUUACUGGCUCAGCGAACAUCCUGAAGGGCUUUAUGACAAUGUGGACUUGGAGGAUGAACCUUAUGGUAGCGACGUGGCAGAUUUGCUUCCAGAUACCUUUGAUCUCAAUGCUGAAGAUUUUUCCAUCAUGGAAUCCCAGUUCGAGGAGUUCAUCCAAUUUGCUGAGUCUGAGGGGAACGAAUUGUGUUUUCCACCAUUCGAUGGAACAAGCGGAAAAGCAGGCCUUCAAGAUAUUGCGCCAAUGAAGCAGAAUGCAGACUUGUUCAAGUCUUUGGACGUUGAACGCCAAUGGACAAAGAAGAACCGGCAAAAUAUGCGGAGAAGCCAGCCAAGAAUGUGAAUGCAAAAUGCAGCCCCCGCUUCAUCCAACAGCCUCGCUGAAGUUCCCUCUCAGGAUAGUUCUUCAGAGUAGGCUUGCAUCCCUACUGGGGUAGCUUUUUUCCUGUUUCCUGUAGCUUCUUUCUGUAGAGCAAGGUCGCUUUAUCUGGCCCUUGACCCUCUGCCAUGUAUUUUCCUUUCUUAACCAAAGGCACUUUGUGAAAAUGUAAAAAAAUCAAAGUGUACAAUCAACUAGAAAAAGAAAAGAGAAAUCCACUUGUUCAGCCUA